CUCGAGCCUUCUCAGCGCUCCCCCUCGACUUCUCCGGACCAUCUCGCUUCUGUACAAUAUUGUUUUAUCGUUCUCGGCUUCAGGCCGCGUGUUUUACCGAUAAUUCCUUCGAACCGUUGACACUCUUUUUACGCCUGUCUUUCGCCGCUGCCUAUCCUCCCCGCACCGCUACCGUCGAAUGCAACAUACGCAAUGAUCCUGCCCCCUUUAUAACCACGUCGCGCAUCAUUUUCUGUCCUUCCACCCACACGACGGUUGAAGUUCUGUACCUGUGAUGGCCACAUUGGCCAUGUCGGAACCCUCGUCGCCGUCCUGGCCGAAGCGCCGGCCCAGGGCUUGGGCUAUGCGCUGCGAACGAUACUGUUGCAUGGCCGCGACUUACUUCCCGUUAGCAUUCGUCUAUAGCUUGACAACAUGGGCUGUGUAUGUCGAGGCUAGCGUUGGUUUGAAACCUACGAGUAGUCCCUGGAUCGGACUGCCAACCUCGAUCCUUGGAGUCGUCCUCUACCUUGGCCUUAAUAUAUCCUAUACGACCGCCGUCUUUACCGAUCCCGGUUCGCCCCUUGGAAAUAGCGCACGCGGCAAUGACCGACAUCAGUACAGCGCGCUACCGAUCACCGAGAUGCCCGAGUAUACAUCCUUCACUGUGAACUCCUCGGGAGGAUCACGGUUCUGCAAGAAAUGCCAGUGCCCGAAACCUGACCGGGCGCAUCACUGCUCAACGUGUAAACGCUGCGUAUUGAAGAUGGACCAUCACUGCCCGUGGCUGGCGACCUGUGUCGGAUUGCACAACUACAAGGCCUUCCUCCUUUUUCUGAUUUAUACGUCGCUGUUUUGCUGGGUGGAUUUUGGUGUGUCGGCUCUCUGGAUUUGGACGGAGGUGUUCAAUAACACUCAAUAUAUGGAUGGCAUUCUCCCAGUGAAUGUCGUGUUGCUGUCUAUUCUCGGUGGUAUUAUUGGGUUGGUUUUGACGGGUUUCACGGCUUGGCAUAUCAGCCUUGCUGUUCGUGGUAUGACUACGAUAGAAUGUCUAGAGAAAACCCGGUAUGUCUCGCCGCUGCGGAAAGCGCUGGACCGCCACCGUUACGAGAGCCUACUUGGCAACAGUGAUGCUCGGAAUGGCGACGAAAACCAAGACAGUCUCGGCGGUCGGCUGCAGGGAUACGGAAACCGGAUCCUGGAUGCGCACGCAAAUGCUAUACCCGGCGUGACCCGCCCAGAAGAAGGCGAGGAGUCAACACUUGGAUCGGAGAACAUGACACCCGCGCAACAAGCCCUAUCCCGCUCAUACGCCGAUCUAGAACGACAACGCGAGCACGACCGGUACGAAGACUACCUAGCGGAACUUGAUAACGAAAAGAUGCCGAACGCGUUCGAUCUGGGCUGGAAGCGGAAUUUCCUGCAUCUCUUCGGCGACAGGCCUCUAUAUUGGCUACUGCCUAAACCCACAACAACAGGGAACGGGUGGGACUGGGAGCCAAGCCCGAAGUUUCUAGAGGCGCAAGAGCGGGUACGUCUGCGCCGCGAGCAAGCGGCUGAAGAACAACGACAGCAUGAUCGGGAUCUCUACCUGCGAAACAUCAACAAUGGUCGCAGUUGGCUGGGCACGGAUAUUCCACAGCCGCAGGGACGCACACCGGACCAGUAUUUGGCUAGUGCCAGUGAUCCGGACCGGCCCACUACAGGAGUCUCGAUGAAGACACUCCCGCCAAUGUCUCCGCGGCCGCGGCCGGGUGAAGGCAGUUAUGGAGAUGACCUUGAUGAGGAGGGGUUUACCCUCACACCUAGCCAGGGCAAAGGAGCGGGGAAUACAGGUUCACGGGAUGAUGACUGGCGGGACUGGGAAUAAGUAUUUGUAUGUUGUAAGCGGGCGUCCGGAAUUGUACUUUUUUCUGUAUCCAUAGGAUUGUUCUAGUCGGAGUUAUCAAUCAGUUCAUAGAUUUGUUUGUGCCUAAAAUAUCAGGCACAUAUUGAGGUAUUCGCAAUCCGAUUCCGCCAGCUUGCAUUAACUCUCCC